CUCCCCCAACAACACAUAAAGGCGCCCUCCAUUUCCCUCAAGGGUUGAAAUCGUACCAUAGCUCCUUGUCCUUCGUUUCAUUGUGCGAGAAUGGAAGCAGAGAACUCGGACUCAAGCGCUCCGGCGAGGGAGCCGGAGCAGGCGUCAUUAGGAGACGAUGAAAUGGCAGCUGGAGGCGCUUCCAAGUUCCUCACCAAUCUUCCCUCCCGUGGCCUCUUCUCCUCUGCUGUCCUAUCCUCAAAUUUGGGCAGCAUGCGUGUGUACGUCUGUGAUCACGACACUUCUCCCCCAGAGGAGCAGUUGAUUAAGACAAAUGCGACAAACAUAUUGAUCAGAUCACUUCAAAUUAACAAACUAAGGAUCGAUUCCAAGGAUGCCAAAGCUUCAGUGGCGAUCACUAAAGGUAAAAGAUCUGCUGCAAGACCUUUGGAUGGAAAAUCUUCAGCCAAAAGAACCAACACUGGCGCUACUUCUAGCAGUGGUAGGCAAGAGGGAUCAAGUACUGGGUUUUCUGAGAGAAUGCUUCAGACAAUGACUGUGGAAAGGCUUCGUGCAAUUUUAAAAGAUAAAGGACUUUCACCCAAAGGAAAGAAGGAUGAACUUAUAUCACGCUUGAAAGAUGAAUCUUAAUUAGAGACAGCAUUUCUCCAUUAUAAAGAAGGAAAUGUUCAAGUUGCUGCUUACUGCAGGUUAAAUUGAACAGUCAGGAGUUGUCCAGUUUUUACUACUUGCAGUAAUGAUAAGCGUUUUUUUUUUU